CACAUUCACGCUUUCACGCACGGGGAAGAGCUACUAACUGUUUGCAUGUAGUCCGCUUUUAUUACAUUGCAAUUGUGCAAAAUCAAACGCAUAUAUAUUAUGAUUAAUAAGGGUCCCAUAUGGAAAAGAGUGCGGUCUUACGCUGGACCUGUUCCGAGGGCGAGGCAUGGGCACCGGGCCGUAGCCAUACGAGAGCUGGUGGUAGUGUUUGGAGGUGGAAACGAGGGAAUAGCGACCAAUCUGCAUGUUUAUAACUCGGUGACAAAGCAGUGGUUCCUGCCAGCAGUGAGAGGCGAUAUCCCACCUGGCUGUGCCGCUCAUGGGUUCGUUUGUGAAGGCACACGGAUCCUGGUGUUUGGUGGGAUGGUUGAAUUUGGCCAGUAUACCAACAGCCUCUAUGAACUGCAGGCCAGUCGAUGGCUGUGGAAGAAACUGAAGCCCCGCCCACCAAGGAACGCAUCACCUCCAUGCCCACGGAUUGGCCACAGCUUCACUCUUCAUGCUAAUAAGUGUUACCUUUUUGGUGGAAUGGCCAAUGACAGUGAAGACCCAAAUGGCAAUGUACCAAGAUAUUUAGAUGACUUCUAUGAGCUGGAGCUGCAGGUCCAGUCUGGCGUUAAAGGCUGGAACAUUCCUGAAACCAAAGGGGGAGGCCCGUCAGCCAGGGAAUCCCAUAGUUCUGUGGUGUACUGUGUCAAGGGUGGAAGUGCCCCAAAGCUCUAUAUAUUUGGGGGCAUGUGUGGGCACAGACUGAAUGAUUUGUGGCAACUAGACAUCGAGACUAUGACUUGGUCAUUGCCUCCAACCAGAGGUCAGCUGCCACUACCCAGGAGUCUGCACACCUCCAAUGUGAUUGGAAACAAGUUAUAUGUGUUUGGAGGCUGGGUUCCCGUUGGAGAGGCAGAGGACGCACUUGCCGCAGAUGGAGUCAAGUGGGUCUGCACCAGCUCUCUUUCCAUGCUAAACCUUGACACAAUGACAUGGCAUGACUUGACACCGGAAGAACACCAGCAGCGAUCGGCUUCAGGUGAACAGUUAGUCGAACAGGAAGAGGGUAAUGCACACUGGCCGAAAGCACGAGCCGGACACUGCGCAGUAACCGUCGGAACUCGACUUUAUGUAUGGAGUGGGCGAGAUGGAUACAAAAAGUACAAUAACUACCAGGUGUGCUGCAAAGAUCUGUGGUACCUGGAAACAGAGAGACCUUCCUCUCCUAGUGCAGUGUUCCUUGUGAAGUCCACAAUUAAUAUGCUGCAUGUCGGCUGGCGGCCCCUACCUGCAGCUGAAAGUUAUCUGCUUCAACUGCAGCCAAUCAAAUCUCCUCAGUCCACUUCCUUUGAACCGCAGACCACACCAACUCCUCCACCAGACACUGGAGACAGAAAGGAAUCUGUACAAAUCGACUCCCAGGCAAGUGCAGAUGUCAAAGUUAGAGGAGAGAGAGAAUCUUCAUUGCAGGAAAGCAUUUUGAGGCCAAAAGCACCAGGUGAGGACGGGGCAGAUGUCCCAGCAAAAGAACGGGACAUCUCUCCAAUACCAUUCCGAAAGUCCAAGGACUUUGUGUGGUUUGAUGUGGGUGUGUUUAAAACACUGUAUUGCGAGGCUACACACUACUUCCUGCCUUCUGAGGACGGUGACAUGGCAUCGACCCUGUCUUGUCAAAACUCAUCUGACAGUGAGUGGAAGUUGCCGGGUCCUCAUUGUUUUAAGGAUCGUGAGAAGCAGGAGUUGGCCUCAGGAGUCACAUAUAAAUUCAGGGUGGCCGGACUGAACAGCCGUGGCCUGGGUGACUUCAGUCCCAUCAGCGAGUUUAAAACCUGCCAGCCUGGAUUUCCUGGAGCCCCAUCUGCUGUGAAAAUCACUAAGGAUAAAGAUUCGGUGCAUAUCACCUGGGAGCCUCCCACCUCUCCGUCCGGGAAGGUCACGGAGUAUUCCAUGUACUUGGCAGUGAGGAAAAGUCGAGGGAACAGCAUGGAGCGACCUGGCGAGCUGGCCUUUAUCCGAAUCUACCGCGGUACCAAGACCUCAUGCACAGUCAGUGAAAGCCAGCUGAGCAAUGCACACAUCGACUGCUCGGCACGACCUGCCGUCGUCUUCCGAAUCGCUGCCAAGAAUGAGCAGGGCUACGGUCCAGCCACUCAGAUCCGCUGGCUGCAAGAUGCGAGUAAGCUGAAAUCGUCAGUGACGAAGGCAGAGUGCAGUCCUCCAGCAGCAGAGCCUGACACCACCUGCAGAUGAACUCUCACCCCUGAUGGUCGGCCAGCUGCUCCAUUGACUCUCUUAAUACUUCAGGACU